CUUUAUUGAAUUUGGACAUUUUUUACAAAGCCAAAUUAGACUUGUGUUUUCUACUCGUAAUGAGCCGAUUCGAAUACGUCAGCUUCUAGUUUAAAGUUGAAACUUGUAAGAAUGAAGCACUACAGCACAAGUCAACCAAAACCGAGUGAAGACCCAACGAUACAGGUCUCUCUCUCAAGAACCAAACAGAAAAGAAACACAACUGUUUCAACUUUCUACUUUCCUUUCUCUUUUCCGAUAACAUGCUUGUCCGAUGACAAAUGAGUAGAAUCUUAUAUGAUCUCACCCAAUUGUUAUUUUACUUUUCUCUUCUAUUCCAUCUAAUUUUCCAGGGAAUUCUGCUAACACUUGAUUCUUGAACACUCAGGUUGGUUCUUGCAUUUCUCUGCUAUAGCAUGUAUAUUAUAUUAUAGUAUUAUUUGAAUUUAUUAAAUUAAAUGGUUGAAGGAAAUAUUUAUUUUCUUGUUUUUGGACUUGUGAGUUCUGUUCUGCUAUUCAGCUCACCCCAGUACAGCAGUUUGUGUCAAUUGAGCAUAUUUCUCAGCUCACCAAUGUCUUUGUUUCACUCAUACAUGGGUCAAGGUAGUUUCUAGUUUUUAUGCUUGAUGGGAAAAUGAGUUUUGGUUUUGAACAAACCUGAGUAAUGAAAUGGCGAGUGAAUUAUUAGUUCCUGCCUCAAUUACCCCAGCAUCUGAGUUACUUUCCCAGCCCAUCUUAACUUUAGUUGAUACUGUCAAAGCGGCCAAUGAGGUUGUGAUUCAUAAGGAAAAUUUUAAGAGAUUUUCUAUUCACUUGGACAAUAUCUCUUUUCUAUUGAGGUCUUUAUCAAAGGAAGAUAUACACAAUCCCAAGAGCUUGGAAAAUGCUACGGAUGUUCUCAACCGUGAGGUUGGAGUUGCUAAGCACCUUGUUUUUGAGUGCAACAGUAGAAAUAAACUUUAUCUUUUAAUCAAUUCAAGAAAGAUAGUUACACGCUUGAACUGUUGUACCAAAGAUAUAAGCCGAGCAGUGAGUCUCAUCCCUUUGGCCUCAUUGGACAUUAACUCUGGUUUAAAUCAACAGAUAAGUGAGUUAUGCCAGAAAAUGUUAGGUGCUGAUUAUCAAAUAGCAGAAUUAGAUGAGGAAAUCUUGGAAAAAAUUGAGAUAGCAAUACAAGAGGGAAAUGUUGAUAGGUCAUAUGCAAAUCAGUUGCUAGCUUGUGUUGCAGAUGCUAUAGGGGUCCCUAUGGAGCAUGGUGCUUUGAAGAGAGAGUUUGAAGAGCUGAAAAAUGAAAUGGAAAAUGCUAAGUCAAGGAUAGAUGUGGCUGAAGCUCUACAUAUGGAGCAGGUUAUUGCAGUGUUUGGAAAGGCUGAUUUAAUAACUUCAGCACAAGAGAAGGAAAGCCAAUAUUUUGAAAAGAGAAAUUCCUUGGGAAGGAGACCCUUGAUGGCUCUUCAGUCUUUUUACUGUCCAAUCUCUCUUGAUAUUAUGGUGGACCCUGUGGAGACAUCCUCUGGGAAGACAUUUGAGAGAAGUGCAAUAGAGAAGUGGAUUGCUGAAGGGAAAAAUCACUGUCCCUUGACCAUGUUGCCUCUGGAUACUUCAAUCCUGAGGCCAAACAAAACUUUAAAACAGUCUAUUCAAGAAUGGAAGGACAGGAACACAAUAAUUACCAUUUCUACCAUCAAAUCUGAACUUGAAACAAAUGAAGACGAGGGAGUGCUUCAAUCAUUAGACAAAUUGCAGGACCUAUUCUUAGAAAGAGAGGUGCACCGAGAAUGGUUUAAAAUGGAGAAUUACAUUGCUGUUCUUAUUGGACUUCUUGCUUCUAAAAAUAGAGAAAUAAGGAAGCGUGUUUUACUCAUCCUCUCUUUAUUUGCAAUUGAUAAUGCAGAGAACAAGGAGGAUAUUGCUAAAGUGGAUAAUGCACUUGGAUCAAUAGUUCGCUCACUUGCGCGUCAAAUUGAGGAAAGCAAGUUAGCAUUGGAGUUGCUGUUGGAGUUAUCUAAAUGUAAGAUGGUGUGCAAUCUCAUAGGAAACAUUCAAGGAAGCAUACUUCUCCUGGUAACAAUGUUAAAGAGUGAUGAUGUUGAAGCAACCAAAAAUGCACAUGAGCUGCUGGAGAACCUCUCUUUCCUUGAUCAGAAUGUUAUAGAGAUGGCAAAAGCAAAUUAUCUUAAGCCUUUACUGCUAAAACUUUCUACAGGACCCGAAAAUAUGAAGAUAGUCAUGACUAAAACUUUGUCAGAAAUUACGUUGACUGAUCAGAAUAAAUUGUUCUUGGUCAAAGAUGGGGCACUGCAGCCUCUUCUUCAGCUGCUCUUAAACAAUGAUGUGGAAAUGAAGAAAGUGGCUGUUAAAGCUCUACUACAGCUCUCAAGCUUGCCAGAGAAUGGCCUGCAGAUGAUAAAGGAAGGUGUUGCUCAACCAUUAUUUGAACUGCUAUACUAUCACAGUUUACAGACACCGACUUUACUUGAACAUGUUGUUGCUACAAUAAUGCAUCUUGCCAUAUCAACCACUCAUCAACAAGCUGAAGCAGACCAAGUUUCAUUGUUAGAUUCUGAGGAAGACAUAUUCAAAUUCUUCUCUCUAAUUUCUUUGACUGAACCUGAUAUACAAAACAAGAUUCUCAAAGCUUUUCAGUCAUUGUGCCAAUCUUUCUCUGGCUUCCGAAUCAGAAAGAGGUUGAGACAGAUCUCAGCUGCUAAAGUAUUGGUCCACUACUUGGAGCUUAAUACCCAAACACUGCGGGUCAAUGCCUUGAAGCUUUUCUAUUGCUUAACAGAAGAUAGUGAUUAUGACAACAUCUCAUCGCACAUAACUGAAAGAUUCAUUAAAGUAUUGCUUACGAUCAUUGAGGUUUCGGAUGAUGCAGAAGAGAUGGUUACGGCUAUGGGUAUCAUCUCUAAACUACCGCAGGAGUCUUACAUGACUCAAUGGCUUCUAGAUUCAGGAGCACUUAAAAUUAUUUUAACAUGUCUUACUGAUCAACAUAAGCAUGCCUUACACAAAAAGCAAGUCAUAGAGAAUUCUGUUCAAGCUCUUUGUCGUUUCACUGUCUCAACCAAUCUGGAGUGGCAAAAGAGAGUAGCUGAAGAAGGGAUAAUUCCAGUGCUGGUGCAAUUGCUGUCUUCUGGAACACCCUUUUCAAAACAAAAUGCAGCCAUUUCAAUCAAACAGUUUUCAGAAAAUUCAUAUGGCUUGAGCAAGCCAAUAAAGAAGAAACCAAGUAUUUUCAAAUGCUGCCUUAUAACCCAAGAAACUGGCUGCCCAGCACACCUAGGAACGUGCACAGUUGAGUCUUCAUUCUGCAUUGUACAAGCUAAUGCCUUGGAGCCCCUUGUAAGAAUGCUAGCAGAGCAAGAUGUUGGAACAUGUGAAGCUUCCUUAGAUGCACUAUUAACUUUGCUUGACAAUGAAGCACCACAGAGUGGAAGUAAGGUACUUGCAGAUGCAAAUGCUAUUACACCAAUGAUAAAACAACUGAUUCUUCCAGCUCCCAGGUUGCAGGAAAAGAUUCUAAUAGCUAUAGAACGAAUUUUUCAACUAGAUGAAGUGAGAAAUAAGUAUAAAGCUUUCGCCACAAUGCCUUUGGUAGAAAUAACUCAAGGAAAAGAUGGCCGUUUGAGAAGUCUUGCUGCCAAAGGUCUUGCUCAAUUGGGUGUACUUGAUAAACAGUCUUCUUAUUUUUAGUCACUGUCCCACAAUUAUUUGGUUGUUUGUGUUUUUUGGAGUCACUGUGGUCCUAAUAUGUGAAAGGCUUGUAAGAACUGAACUUAGUCAUAAGAUUUCUUCCUCUAUACGGUUUCUAAACAUUGAUUCGUGACCAGCACCAUGCAUUAGAUUGAAGAGAGUCAAUUGGCUUUCGGAGUUACGUCACAACAAUAGGAUGUCAAUCCUUGAUCUAAAAAUAUUGCAUCCAAUGCAAUAAUUUAACAUAAGAAUUUAU